AGGGACCCGGGAAGUAGCCCCCUUCCUAUUUGUGUGUGAAACAUCCUAUAAUUUGUACUUUACCGUACGGAGGUUUUGCCUUCAUAUAAGCGGUAGUGCAAUAGAAAUCAACUGUGUAGCUUGCAAAUAAAAAUAUCGGCAGCUCGUUUCGAAAGCAGCCUCUCGAAACUUUUUCACUCGUCAGUAGUUGACACGAUAACGGUUAGUGAACUCCCAAAUACAAUAAGCACGACCUUGCGUGCUCCAAAAAGUGAAAGUCGCACUGAAAUUCACUGCAUCUGUAUCCUUCUAGUUAUUCAUUUUCACGUUUCUAUCUAAUUCUAUCUCUAUUUCGCCUCUUUGACGCCAUUUUUUUUCUCAAAUUUAAUUUUCACCAGUAGCAUCAACAUCUCAGCGUUUUUUUACGUUUUUUAGCUCCUUUUUUUUUAUAAGCUCGCUUGAUCAAAGCGGAGUCUUUUUUUUUUUCUUACUACUUGCGUACGAAGUAAACUGUUGCUUCCACUUCUAUAAGGAGCACAGUUUUUAUUUCAGCUUUUUCGCGCUGAUAACUUUUCACGUCGUGACACUGACAACUCUUACUACGUUCCUUUAAGUUUCGCCGUAGUUUCGGUCGUUGCGUAGAAAUCCAGUAAUUGCCGCCCACCAUGGUGUUCGGCAUGUUUGCAUCGGCGGAGGAUCCGCCCGCGCCAGCGGCGGAUACCAGCGAGAUGCUGGAGGAGAAUCUCGAGGAAAACGACAAUGCGCUGGCCCACGCCCCCGUCGCUUCGAAAAAGCCAGGCGGGAUUGGCAAGAACAAAAAAUCCGCUGGUGCCGAGGGCGAAACCACGGGUGUGGAGCUGGCAGCGGUCACGAUUGACUCGCCCGCGGCAUCAAAGGAUGACAAUUUUGAUCGUCCCCCACCGCCGGCGCGGAAGACGACGGAGAUGUGGACGGGGGAAGACCCGAACACGUUGAAUCUGAACAUGAUGAAAUCCGAGAAUCUGCCCGAGUGGUUCACGUCUGGUUUGGAACAGUUUGAUAAGGAUGGGGACGGGGAGCUGCACAAGGACGAGAUUAUGCACUGGGUUAAUGUGAUUUUGCGGAUGCGGCAGAAAAAGGAGGCGAACGCCCCGGAUAUCGACUACAGUGAGUUUCUAUGCAUUGCAAAAGCAUCGUACGUAGCAUAAAUUGCAUUACAAAUUUUCUCAGCAUGAAAAAUUGAAUUUGUCAUGCUGUUUUACCUUGGAAAGGAGAUUUUUCAUGCAUGCCUGCAAUUGGUACGAGUGCGAUACUUUUGCACAGAAUAGUUUCCGCAGCAGGUGAAAGAUGUGAUGGCGCGGUGGGAUGUCGAUCAAAACGGCUUGAUCACGGUCAGUGAGCUGGCGGCGGCCGGGCAGGCACAGGAAAAGAUGGAGAAGGAGAAUCGGUAAAAAGGGAUUCGGAUUGUAGUUUGUCAUGCGAAAGUUGAAAUCACAUUCACACUCUUUCACACUUGUCUCGUCUUCCAAUGGCAAUACGAAUACUGCUCUAUGCAACAGAAAUUCCGUCUUUUCGCCUGAACAACAGGUACAUGAAGAUCGCAAUCGCGGGUCUGGUCGGUGUGAUCGUUUUACUGACGGUCCUCAUGUUCGCGAUGGGCUACGCUGCCGCGGAAGCUUAUCAGAUUGGAAUCAGUUUCGUACGUUGUUGAGUCGCUAGAAAUGAUGGGAAAGUUUGUCAUGCAAGAAAGUACACGAUGAAGUUUUGAUCUUCUGUUCAUCAGUUUGAGUUUGAUAAGCAAUUCUGUCAUAGUACGAAGACAUGGUCGACAGGGAGGACCAAUGCAGAGAAUGCAGCGUCUGAAUUCCCACUGGCAAGAUGAACUCAACGAGCGCCCUUUUGCUCCCUCUCGAUACCUCUUCCAAGGACUACCGCCCCGCGUCUGCCGACCACGGCCGGCGGCGCGCGCUGACCGAAGCUACUCUCGCCUCCGAGCAGUCCGCUAUGCAUUGCAAACGGAUCGUACUAGUGCAAAUCGCAUUACAAAUUUGCUCAGCAUGAAAAAUAAAGUUUGUCAUGCCGGCUUGCCUUGGAAAGCAGUUUUGUCAUGCAUAUCUGCGACUUUAGUACCGCAAGACCGCGAUUCUUUUGCGUCGCAUAUGAAUGUACGGCGAACGCCUGCGGUUGCUGCACGCGGAGGGUGACGAUUCUUCCACGUUGAAAAAUCCCCCUGGGACGUUUAUGGAGGAAGAUUUGACCAUGAGCACGGCCAUGUGCACGAACGUUCUCACCGGGAUGGGGGAAGUCAUGGAGAUUCUCACCACCAUCAACCCGAAAUCCGCGGGGAGACUGCAAACGCUCACUGUUCCCACUUCCCAAGGACAGAAGGUGAUCCAAUUCUCGGGCGUGACCGUGUCGGACAGGCAGUCCUUGACCGAAGGGUCCAUCCGCGAGUUCUCCCAGGAGGGCGGUGGGCCCAAGAUCCGGCUCGUGGCCCCCCCGAUGCCGAUGUAUAACGCGACGGAUCCGUGCUUUGUCUACCCGGAGCGGCGGAUGGAGUUUGUGGACGGACAAAGUGGAAACAUUGACGUGGUGACCGAGUAUUUUCUAUCCCACAACGGCUGUCCACCGGUGACCGGCCCGCCGCUGCCGAAUGGAAACCCCGCUUGUGCGCCCCCGACGCCUUUAUUUAACGGCUCCAUGCCGGAUCGGGCGGCCUGUGUCGCCACCGUCCCGACGCUGGUGGUACAGUGCGAGGCGCAGAAGCCGAACCCGGUGGGGAUGGGGACCAUGCCCGCACUGCACACCUACUGCGUGAACGGAAUGUGCAAUCUGGGAAACUUCACGAUCUUUUACAACGUGAUGCCGAACAAGCCGCUUGGCCAAACCGCGGAGACCGUGUUCCUGUUGUGGGACACGAACAAUGACACGAUUGUCGACGAAAUGGAAAUCAACCGGGGGCAGGGCCAGGCGGCCCCGGACUUCCAGCACGCGCAGCAAAGUUUGAUGACAACGAGUCAAACCGUGCAGAAUUACGUGACUCACGCACUGGUGCACGGGAACACCACUACCAGAAGACGGAUGUUGGAGGCGCAAUUGAUCGCUGGGACGUUCGAGACAGAACGGCGGCUUUCGGAAGACGGUCAGACCGAGCGGACUUUGAUGGCGAAGCCGUCUUGGUGGACGGCGGGAGAUCCGCGGCGGAUUACCGACAUUGCGACCAAAAUCUGCAUGGUCAGCAAUAGUAUCCUGUGCAAAAGCGUCGUACUCGGUUACUUCAUCGGAUUCGUGCAAGACAAAUUUCUGGGUCAACCUAAAUCAGCAUGACAAGUUCCAUCUGUCAUCCUGAGCUGCUAAUUUGUAUUGCAAUGCCACGAGUACUAUGAUAUUUUUGCAGUUCAUACACAGCCACUGCGCCAACUCGGUGGAAGCGGAUCGAUUGGCAGAGGCUUUGUGCGAAGGUGACAAAAUAGUACGUCUCUUUCAUGAUUCAGGUUUCGACCUGCUUGCAGAAGAAAGCAACAUAAAUAGUUCUUUCAUCCCUUGUGCUUCUUGAUUCUGCAUCAGCACAUGAUCCUGUGGUCCCUGUGCAGUUACAAAAAUCGCUAUCAAGAAUUCUGAUGUACUACUUACGCACGACAAACUCUACAAACAGGUAACGAAGCGCUGUGCGAGACCGCUCCGGCUAUGACCCGUUCUUUGGACCGUGAUGGCGACGGUCGCGUGAAUGAACGCGAAUACGAGGCGAUUCACGAGAAAGCGCGUCCGGAUCCCGACGCGCGGAACCGCCGCGACGUUGAGGAGCCCAGGCCGGAUUCCGAUGUUUGCCCGAAUUUCAACACGCCGGAUAUCGGCGACGGGAUUGACUGCGGGUCGGAGGAAGACUUGGGGAAACUGAAAGACAUGGCGGACAAACGUUCCUGGUGCUCGAAGGCGGCGGGGAGAGACGGCAUUCUGGAUAACGAAGAGUGCAAAAACGCCAAUCGCGUCCCCACAGCUUUUGACACGAUGGCGGAGAUGCAGGCGCAGGGCGACGUCCGGAUGAAAUCGAUGAUUGAAAACAGUGGGGUCGGACUCCCCGCGUGCAAGCAGUUUUACAUGCGGGAAAAAGCUUUAGAUGAUCCUGUCGCUGAGGUGAUCUGCCACAUCCGGGAUUUUGAGUACCCUUUCAUGGAUGAGUCUUCCGGUUUGUCCGCGAAGGAGGCGAACCUGGACAUGGGACUACUGCUGGAACGGUACGGGUCGGAAGGCGCUUCCGCGUCUACCACCGUCCGGAAAUUGCAGCAAGAAUUGGGGUUUGGGAAACGCACUCGGGACAAAUUCGGGAACAUCAUCACGCAAGAGUCCGCUUUGGCGCGGCAGGGCACGGAUGUGCAGGAUGACCCGUUGCACUACCACGUGUUCGAAAAACUUAUCAACACGCCCCGCGCCCGCCGGAUGGAGCAAAAGAUCAUCAACAAAGAGCGGAAACUUCGUCAGAAGCGGCGGAUGCUGCACGGAUCGAACUCCGAAAUGUAUGAGUCGUGGCUUUUGGCGAGACGGCUGAAAGCGACGGAGAAAUUGCGGAGACGCCGGGUCUUGCUUGCGUUUGACGAGGAGAAGGAUGACCCGGAGGUCACCCACCGCAAGUUACAGUCGAUCAACCGGCGACUGGAGCAAAUUUCUGAAGCGAAGAACAGCGGCGAAGCCGCCAGUUCCCUCCGUCGGUUGGAGCAGACCGGUCGGAGGCUGUUAGCGGAAGAUGAUGAUGGUGAUCGAAAGUUGCGGUUCUUACUGGACGAUGACAACCACUUGAUCACGCGGAAUUUACAGCAGUACCAGCAGGAGUUCAAGAUUGGCUCCACCUCGCGGCACAUGCGGGAAUUGAUGACGCUGACGCACGCGGGGAAAAGAAACUUGAUCAGUUUGGAGCAGAUUGGGGAAAAGGUCAUGAAUUACAUCAUCACCGACGAUGUCGAUGGUCUGCAGACCUGGGCCAUGACCAUGCUCCGCAGCGACAUCCGCAUCUCCAUUCCGAAGCAGGCGAUCUUGUACUUGCUGUACGACGCCCGCGACCCGUUGGGGAUUGGGAUGGGCGUGGCUCGGUAUUUGGAUCAGUUUAUGUCGGACAACCAGGCGGAGGAAAUGCGGGAAGAGACCGGGCGGAUGCCGGAGUCGCAAGACUUUUCCCGCUACGACCGCGACGGCGAGACCCUUGCCGACGUGCGGCCCCGCAUGCGGCAGCUGUCCCACCAAAGACGCGUUUUGGUCGAGAUCGCAGAGCGGCGCCGGAUGCGGGCCUUGCAGGAGAAGGAUGGGAAUCAGCGACGGAAGUUGCUGGAAGAGACUGAUUCCAUUCACCGCCGGCUACACGAAGUGGCACGGCACGAUCCGGACGAAACACGGGUGUUGAACUCGGAAGAAAUUCGGCAGAUGAGCGAACAAACGCCGUUGAACGAGCGGGAGACAGAGCGGGUGAUUGAACACUGUCGGAGGGAGAAUAGAGACUUGGAAGGGGCGCAAGCGCGGCAGUUCACGCGGUUGCUGAAGCAGCUGGAUUUGUCCGACUCGGAUAUGAGUGCACAACUCCCCCUGCGCCUCCCCCUCAUUUGUAUUUAGCAUGAACAGCAAUACAAACUACACCAGCACACGCAGAGCGUAUGCAUGACAAAUUUCUUGUGUGCCCAAUGUAGUGCUUCUUCUUGGGCUCCUUCCGGAAUCAUUUGUGAUGCAAACAGUGCCACAAGGCAGCGACUGGAUUUGGGGUGUUGCAUGACAAAUGAGGAAGAGGGGGAGUUGUGCACUGUCAUAUCGGAAAGGCGGGAACUCCGAGACGCCGCGGAGGAUGCUGGGAUGUCCUCGGAUCGGGAUGAAGAGCCCGUGGCCUGCACCCCGUGCGCCUUAGCCACCGCUCCCACGGUUGGGAUGACCCCGGACCACUUACGGGAUGCCGUGUUGAACAACAACGAGCGACAGGAGGGCAACCCGGACUGGUGCGCCACGCAGUUCCAGGACAUGCAGGCCAUGGCGGUCAAUGUCCCCACCUGUCUAUGAGAGUGGACAACUCCCCUUCCCCUCAUUUGUCUAUGCAAAAUCGCAAAUUCAGGCUGUGCCUCUUGGCACUGUUUGCAUGACAAGUUCUGGUAGGAGCCCAAAUAGCACUACACUCCAGUGGAAAUUUGUCAUGCAGAGCCGGCAUUCUUACUGAUGCUUGUAUUGCAGUUCAUGCUAUACAAAUGUACUGGAGGGGGAGUUGUCCACUGUCAUACUGUCUCGGCGCGAGUCAGAACGCGACUACGGGGGAAUACAUGACCCCGAUCGCGACCUACCCGGCGGACCAGCCGGUGACCUUGCCGCGGGUGCCGGAAGCAUACACCGGCGCGAUUGCGGCUGCAAACACCGCUCCGACCACGGGGAAUUUGAUGGCGGCCGGGUCGGUGACGCCCCAAGCCGGCGACGUGAUCGACCCUUACACCUGCGCGGGCGCGAAGCCGCCGGCCCAGCCCGGAGCGGCGGCGGCGAUUCCCGACACGCAGUUCCCGACUUAUGCCCAGGCGGGUGGAACUAGGCGAAGUUUAAGGACUUUUGACCAAUCGGACUUGGUAUUGACGACGAAGCCGAGAAACCUUUCGAAGCAGCACGUCAAUAAACACAAGCGGCCGAAGGGGCGGAGUCUCACCGCGAACGUGUCUCCCUCUCUGGAUCUUUUUGCGCACUAUCAAAUGCAAAUAUGUCUGGGUCUGGAAACCUGUGAUGCUGAAAUGCGCAUGAGUGAAACGAUUGCAAUAGCAGCCAAGCAUGACAGGUUUUUUGAAAGCUUAUUUCAUUCUAAUGCCCAGCACACAUUAGACAUCACGAAUUGCAUUUCUGCAUGACAAAGCAAGCUGCUCUUUUGCCGCUCGUGCAACACAGAUUUUUCAGGAAUGCAAGAUAUGCAUUGCAAAGUCCAGCUUCCCAGACCCAGACAUACUUGCAAUGCAUACGCACAAGUCCAAGCCCAUGUCGUACGCGAAACAGUUGCAGAGAGAGCAGGAGGUGGAGAUGCGGCGAGUCCGGAGGGAGCGACGGUUGUUGGAGGAGCACAUGCAAAUCGGGAAUGACGAGCCUGGUACAGCUUCUUUGAGUAGGAACCCAGAAGCGGAGAUUCUCUACGACGGGAACGGUCGGAAGCUGAUGCCGGCGCUCUCCCAGACGAUUUGCCAGUCCGCGAACAUCCCCGAUAGUGAAUACCUUUGUUGCCACACGGGGAUUUGCAUCACGGAACACGCGAAUCCAACGCAGAUGGAGAAUCCAGACCGGGACAUCACGCAGGGCGGGGAGCCGAUGGCGCGGAUGGACCCGGAGCCGCCUGCGCCGGUGACCUUCUCGCAAUUCGUGGAUCGCAUGAUGCAUGAAUUACCCUCGUGUAAGAAACUUCCCCCGGAGGAGCGGCAGAUGCCGCUCGACGCGGCGACCCAGAACUUCGACCUCGACCACGACCACACGUUAGCUUUCAACAUGGAAGUGGACAAAAUGGGCCCGGGGUGCGUGAAGGAGUGCGGCUGCCACUACUUAGGCUUGCAUCCGAACACCGGGGAAGAUGUCUUGGUGAACAUCUGCAACUACCAGGCGGAAGUCCGGUGCGGCUGCAUGAAAAACAAAAAGCAUUGCUUCGACGAGAUCAUGCGGACCUGGGAAGAGAAGGGAGGAACCCGCGAUGAGCGGGGGAACAACCGGAGGGCCAGGAUGCAGCGGCGAGAGCGCCGCCGCCGGAAUCUCCGGGAGAGCCGGUUGCAGUCCGGAAACUUUCGUCGGUUGACGAAGUUCGACGUGAAGAAAGUGCAUCACAAAGUGGAGAUGCAGAAGGACCACAGGGCGCACUUACUCCGACGGGUUUUGCAGGAGAAUGACGUGGAAAAGAUCGAAUCCUUUGAGAAGGAAUUCCAUCUCGGGUUCGGAAAACGCCACAAAUCUUUCCGGGUUUUGACCGGGAAAACCGGGGACCGGUUCCGACAGCUCGCGGUGGUCGACCAUUUCCACCGCCGGCUGCGACGGCAGCGCCGGAUGUUAUCUACUUCACAGACAACCGGCGUCCACGAAACUGCGCUCGGUUACCACAACAUGGGUACCGCGGUUGCGACCGGUGUGGUCGCGAUGGCGAACCCGGCCACUUCUCCUCCACCGACGACUGGUCCGCCGAGCUACAUCGAGUCUGCCGUUACCACCGCUUGGCUGCCGGACACGACGACGCCACUUCCCCCUAGACCCGCUACCAUCACCGAGACCGCGACCACGCCGCCGGCUUUAGUGACCCCGAUUUCCGGGAACCGGACCACGCCAAUUACGGUAAAAGCGGUGAUUGACCAGUCGUUCUUCGACUCCCGGGACGGCAUGUUCAAGCAACUUUUGUACAUGGACGUGAACCGGCGGGAACCUCCGCCCAGAAACAUUACCGCCGACCCCUACGACACGGUGAUUUGCGCCACGUUUGAGCAGAACGCGAACACCCACGCCCCGCUCACCGAGUGUAUGAACGCGAUGCCGUGGGACCCGGACGUGAUGGGCUAUCACCCCCAGUUUUUUGAUGACUACCACGCGGGGACAGUGCAUUGCCCCACGGGAAAUGACAAUGACUGGUCGGGAACGGCGUAUGCGACCGCGAUGGCGAAUUUCGACGGGAACAGAAACGGAGACGACAUUGAUUUUCUCCAAAACACUAUCCAAGAAAAAAACUGUGUAAGUGUAACUUUGUGUUGCAGAAAAUGCAAAACUUUUACACUCGUCAUGCUGGACAUGCAUCAGAGGAUAUUUUCGCACGUGUUUUCAAGUACUAGCUAGGCAUGACAGGUUUUCUGCGUCAUGCAGAGCAAACUUGUGACGCUAUUCUUCCAAGAGACUUACACUUACACAGUUUUUUUCUUGCAUAAACACCCCGGAAGGGUACACGUGUUUCGAGGGCAUGAUGGUGCCGGAUUACACGGUCAAAGAACACGAGGACGAAAUGUCGAGUCGCAAAACUUCUGGCCAGGUCUUGCAUGAGGUUUGCAAGCCGCAGCAGAACCCCUUCGGCCCGGAGUUGAAGAUGGAGUUGGAGAAUUUCGCUUACGAGCACUUCACGGAAAUUGACGCGUGCCCGGACUGCUGCGAGGGCUUUCCGACGCUUGGGGAUUUGAUGCUGCAUGAAGUGCAGCUUGCGUUCCCCGAACCGGGAGUUUUCCACAAUCGGGAACUAAAGCAACCAGCGCUGCGACGGCAGUUCGACGCGCUUGAAGCUCGGGUCGGCACUUCCCCGAACGUCCAGGAACGGGCGCACAACAGCGUGAUGGAAAAGGAGUUCGGUGCGCACAGCAUCAUCGAAGCCGUGACGUUCGGAAUUGCUUCUGGGGAUAUCGCCCCUCUGAUUGAGAAGGCGAUGGACAAAUCUGGCGAUAUUUUCGAUUCGAUCAAGAAUUACGCGAGCCGGGAUCCGAGUAGCGAUGAAUUGACGUUUGGGGAAAUCAAAGCUUAUUACGAGGAUUGUCAGAAGUCGCAGCGGCCGCCCGGUUUGAGCUCCGAAGUCUGCGAAUUGCUGAACAAAAUGAUUGACAUUCUGGAGCAAAAGAUUCUCCCCCCGGCGUCGGCGGGUCGGGAUGCCAUCCCGGCGACGGCUUCAAUUUCCCGGAUGGAAAUCAUGAUAUCAAAUGCAAAUUGCCGGCUUUGUUAUGCAUAUUUUGCAUGACCCAGGAUUGUGUGUGAUGCAUGCCCUACCAUCACAGACUUUUCGAGGGCUUCCUUCCUGAUGCCUACUCCGCAUGACAAAUGCACUCCCCGCGUACGUAGCACAAACUAAACUCCUCUUGCUGGUCAUGCAAUACAGACGUUUUUAGAGUCCAAAGUUAGCAUCACAAGCUGCAACCUUCCAGACCCAGGCACUUAUGCAUUUGAUACAUAAACGUUGUCGACCAAACCAUCCCUGGCAACGAGCCCGGCAUGCCGAUGGGGGAAAGGAUGGGUGCAGGCGAUUACUUCUGCUCGCAGAUGAUGGACGGGGAGUCCGGUUGCAUUGAACGGGCGUGCAUUGAGCAGACGUUUUUUGACCAGUCGAACAACCAAGCUACUGUUCCCCGUGACGCUUUGUACGAGCCGGCCACUGAAGUAUGCAUUGCAAAAGCAUCGUACAACUCGUAUACUAAUUGCGUUUAUGCAUUACAGAUCCGCGCGCUUACGCAAAACAGCACGACAAAGUGCAGCUCUCCUUCUGCAUCAAGAAUUUGCAAUGCAAUCACAACUACUAGCAGUACGAUAGCGAUACUUUUGCAAUGCAUAUCAAGCCCGAGAGAUCAAAUCCGACAGUAGGCCGAUGCUGGAUUCUGACCGCGAGGAAAAACAGGAGCGGAUGGACAGUAACGAGAGGGACAUCACCACCAGCCAGAUGAAGGACCGCGCCUUCGCUAUUGCAAGGAAAAAUUCCCCCUCUCCAUACUGAAAAGGUAUGUUUCAAAAAAUUUGUGAUGCUGAUUUGUGACCACAAAUCCUGUCUCUCUUGCAAGAGGGCAAGCUCAGAGACUCCGCCACGAUAUGCAGGCGAUCUGUGACGCUGCAAGGCCCGUAGGGCAGACGUCUGCCAUGCUAGGCCCCUACACCAAGAGGCCGCCGCUGAGGCUUACGAUCUGCGUGCAGUCCUUUACUGCAAGACGAAUAUGAUUUGUGUACUCAAAUACAGCAACACAAAUUUCGUCUUCGAUAUGGGGAGGGGGGGUCUUUCCUUUUGAUAUUCACCGAGGGUGAGUCCUGCGGCGCCUCGAUUUGCGAGCGUAUGCAAGCUAGAAGAAGAAGACGGUUGUUGCGGCGGGCAAGAGAGUUACAGGCGGACGAGAAGCGGGUGCUGUCGGAAAAAAAGGAAAAAAACGCAGUCGUUGGGGGAAUGGAAGGUGCAGCGCGGGGUUUGAAUGAAAUCGCUGUUUCUUCCCUCCAAGCCCACCUCCAAACCGCUCUGCAGGAGGAGAUCGACUUCCUGAAAGAUUUCUUCCCGGAGGAAGAGCACGCCCGUCGGCUCACGGCGAUCACCUUCGAACGGGCGGGGAACAAGGCGACAGGCUUGGGCCACUUCUUGCGGAACGACACAAACCUCGAUGGGGGUGUCGAUCCGCAAACUGGGAUGAAGGUGGGGUCUUUGUUGACAGACCUAUGUGAGUGCACAACUCCCCCUAUCCCUCAUGAUUUGUCAUGCAAAAUACCAAAUACACCCUUUGCCUCUUGGCACUUUUCGCAUGACAGUUCAAUCAGUACUACAGUCCGGGGUGGAUUUGUCAUGUGAAACCUGCAUUCUUGUCGACGCUUGUGCUGCUGUUUGUGCAAUGCAAACGAGGGGGAGGGAGAGUUGUGCAUUUUCAUACAUAAGACCCUGCGGGGAACUACAUCAAUGUGGAUCCCAAUGCUGGCGCCUGCCCCAACGCCGCCGCUUUGUUCGCAACCGGGGUUCCGGAUACGGAGUUGGAAGAGGUUAA